AUGGCUGAAUCAAUCACAAGUCCUGCUGUAGAGCAGGCGAUGGACAACAGCACUGCAAAACGCGUUCUGCGCAAGAUCGACAGAAGAUUGGUCCCCCUCAUGUUUAUCACAUACAUGCUAAAUUUUAUGGAUAAGACAAUUCUGUCCAGCGCUGCUGUUUUUGGAUUGAAGGAUGAUACUGGAUUGGUUGGUCAGCAAUAUAGUUGGGUUUCUUCCGUUUUCUACUUUGGGUAUUUAGGAUGGUCAUAUCCGACAACUUUUUUGAUUGCACGUCUACCUAUUGGGAGAUAUGUGACAGCCAACACGCUUAUUUGGGGCACGGUGGUGGCUCUCACUGCUGCAUGCACCAAUUUCGGGGGACUCAUUACGGUCCGGUUCUUGCUGGGCGUCGCUGAAGCGACAAUUACACCCGCCUUUAUGUUUAUUACCUCGACGUGGUAUACGCGUGACGAGAUUCCGACUAGAACGGGUAUAUGGUUUGCGGGUAACAGCAUGGGUGGUAUAGUUUCGAGUCUUCUCGCAUACGGAUUGGGUCACAUUAAGGGAAGUGUAGGCCCAUGGAGAUGGAUGUUUAUUGUUCUCGGCCUCUUAACUUUUCUGUGGGGCUUCAUGGUGUGCUACUUGCUCCCCGAUUCAAUUUCCAAAGCGAAUUUCCUUUCCGAAGAGGAACGCCAGUUUGCAAAGAAUAGGGUACUUGUCGCGGGAACAGGUACCACGGAAAAGACCAUCUGGAAGUGGGACCAAGUUGUCGAAUGCCUCUUGGACCCUAAAACAUGGCUUAUAUUUGGCCUGGAACUCUUGACUCAGAUACCAAAUGGAGGCACUCAGAACUUUGCGAACCUUGUCAUCGUCUCUUUCGGAUUCACAAGCCUUCAGUCCACACUGAUCAACAUUCCAUAUUCGCUGAUUACCGUGGCUACUAUCGCUGGCACGGGAUGGCUUGCCGGUCGCUUUCGCCAGGCCAAUUGUCUGCUAAUCGUAGCUGUCGUCCUGCCAUGUGUGAUCGGUAGUGCCAUCAUCUACUCCCGCGCUCAUGUUGUUCUGGGCGUCCAGCUGUUUGGAUAUUUCUUGUUAUCUACUGGAUCUGCAGCAAUGCCACUUGCCAUGUCGCUCGUGCAGGCCAAUUAUCGUGGAGUCACGAAGAAGAUGACAAUGACGGCCCUUCUGUUUUUGGCAUAUUGUGCGGGAAAUAUUUCAGGUCCCCAGUUCUUCUUGAGCAGUGAGGCACCUACUUAUGGAACUGCCUUUCGGACUAUCAUGAUUUGCUACGCUCUCGCUAUCGUAUUGGCGCUAUGCCUGCGGUUUUAUCUGCAACGGACCAAUGCCAAACGUGUGUGCCAGGAAGGAUUUCAAGGAAGCGCUGGAAAUGCGGGUGCCGUGGGGGGUGGCAAGACGUUGGAUGGAGACAAUGCUUCGAACGAUGUGGUCGAUAUGGUGAAUCGGGUACGACUGGUAUCUGAUGAUUAUGAGGAUGUCACGGACUGGAAGACUCCAGGCUUCAGAUACCGAUAUUAG